CAGCCCAUAUCCAUCAGAAGUUCACACCAGAUUUACCACUCACUUGAACAAAAUACAGAUAAGAUAUUUAAGAGGCUGAGAAUCCUUCCAAGAGUGCAGAGAUGAAUAUUUGCUUCCAAACGAUUAUCUCAUACUUGUUCUUGUUUGUGGCUUUCAUCAUAGACCUUGGAGAAGGCCAAAGUGGGUGCGAUGAUCAAUUACGGUGCGGAGACCAUGGCCUAGCCAUUCGAUUUCCUUUUCGGCUUAGCAGCCAGCCAGAGCAGUGUGGGUAUCCUGGGUUUACUCUCUCUUGCAUUGAUAGAAAACAUACGCUGCUCGAGCUGCCUAAUUCAAUGAAGUUUUUUGUCAAUAAGAUUGACUACAGAUCUCAAGUAAUUCAAUUAUAUGAUCCAGAUAAUUGCUAUGCAAGGCAGCUUCGAGGGCUCAAUUUAUCUUCCUCGCCUUUCCAAUUCAAAGUAGAUUCCUUUUAUAAUGAACUUCUUGACUAUGCCUUAUUCAAUUGUUCCUCAAGAGAUAUAAAAAAUGCCUAUACUUUCUCUUGUCUUAGUGGCCCUGCCUACCAAGUUUAUGCCUUCAAUAAUUAUAGUGUCAUCAGGACGGUCCUCAUAUCUUGUACAAAGAUAUAUACUCUUCGAUCGAUUCCAGGUGGUAUAAUAUGGAAUCAUGAUAAAUUUCUUCAAUUGAAUUGGUCCACUCCAGCAUGCAGAGGCUGUGAAGCGAAAGGCAAGAGAUGUUUGAAGAACAAUAAGUCAGAAAUUGAGUGCGGCCCCAAAAUUAAUAAAGGUGCAUUAUCAAAGUCGGAGAUUACUGGUGUCAUCAUGGGUUCAUUUCUAUUACUACUAGCUCUUUUUGCUCUUUACCGUUUUUAUACUCACGACAAAGUAGAAAAAAAGCAUCAAGCAAAUAUUGAAAAGUUUUUGGAGGAUUACAGAAAUUUCAGACCCACGAGAUACUCGUAUGCCGAUAUAAAAAAGAUUACAAAUCAAUUUACUGAGAAGUUGGGCGAAGGAUCAUAUGGAAUAGUAUUCAAAGGAAAGCUUUCCAAUGAAAUUUAUGUUGCAGUGAAGAUCCUCAACACUUCCAAGGGAAAUGGAGAAGAAUUCAUAAAUGAAGUAGGUAUAAUGGGCAGGAUCCAUCACAUUAACGUGGUUCGCUUAGUUGGCUUUUGCGCUGAUGGAUUUAGACGAGCGUUAGUUUAUGAGUUCUUACCAAAUGAUUCACUAGAGAAGCUAAUAUCUUCGUCGGCCACUAAGAACUCUAUCCUUAAUUGGGAUAAGCUGCAAGAUAUUGCUCUUGGUAUAGCGAAAGGAAUUGAAUAUCUUCACCAAGGAUGCGACCAACGAAUCCUUCAUUUUGAUAUCAAACCUCACAAUGUUUUGCUAGACCAGAACUUCAAUCCAAAAAUAUCUGAUUUUGGACUCGCCAAGUUGUGUUCAAAGGAGCAAAGUGCAGUGUCCAUGACCACAGCCAGGGGGACUGUGGGUUACAUUGCACCCGAAGUAUUCUCUAGAAAUUUUGGAAAUGUGUCUUCUAAAGCAGAUGUUUAUAGUUUUGGAAUAUUGUUACUUGAAAUAGUUGGAGGGAGGAAAAAUGUUGAUGUUAUAGUUGAUAACUCCAGCCAAGUCUACUUUCCAGAAUGGAUCUAUAAUCUCUUAGAAGAAAAAGAAGACAUACGAAUCUUUGUUGAGGAUGAUGGAGAUGCUAAAAUUGCAAAGAAGCUAGCAAUUGUAGGACUCUGGUGCAUCCAAUGGCACCCAGCAGAUCGUCCUUCCAUGAAAGAUGUAGUUCAAAUGUUGGAAGGAGAAGGAGAUAACUUAACCAUGCCUCCCAAUCCCUUUGCUUCUGCAGGCCCAGUAAAAAUUAAUGCAAAUAUAGCUACAAAACGUCUACACCAUGAGUUGGAGGUCAUCUCGGAAUUAGAAUAAUUGUAUGUAAACUUGGCAUAUGUGAUAACCAUCUGGGUUGCAAUAAUCUUGUACCUCUUAAUUAGAAGUUAUUAAUCUUGUAGACUUGGAGUCAAUGCAGCGACUUCAAGUUUUUUCUUGUAUCAAUGUAAGAGUAAUUUGGAGAUUAUAAAAAUGUACG